AUGCUCCACACCUUGCGCGGUGAUCGAGACGUGCUGCAGCACCCUCUUGACGACGAGACGAACAAAGUUUGCAUGGCGUGGAGCCUUUUGAGAUCAAUCCAGCAUCGCUGCCGCGCUGGUCCACCCAAGACGCCCUAUUGUCCUGACAGUUUCGUCCUCGGUUUGCCCUGUCCCGGUGGCGACGUACAAAACUUUAUGGCAAGCCGAGUCUCGCCGAGGGUUUUUAGUCUGCGCGUCCAGGACAUGUCGAUUGGCAGCUGGUCUCGCGAGAUGGGUCCGUUCCUGCAGGAGAUGUUCGAGUUGGCGCGUGGAGACACCACUCCGGAGGCGGAGGAGGACUUCCAAGGCUCCAUGCUCGAGCUGGAGCAAAACCUGCGUGAGCGAGCAGCCGAGCACCGGCGCACAAGGAGCGUGAGCGGCGGCGUCUCCUCCGAGCGUGGUGGCGUAUUUCUGCUUUCGCAACCGCAGCAAGACAGAUCAAGCACCAGCAUUGCUCGCCCUCCCUCGUCCAUGCAAGGCUUUGCUUCGUGGCGUGCUCAGUCACUGCUGGCGGUCCAGCGGGCCCGGAAGUUCACCGCCUGGGCCAAGGAGUGCCUGCUCGCCGUGGUGCCACAAGGCGGCUUCGUCACGCACGUGGUGCACGGCCCAGCUCUUGCAACGCUCGGUGCAGUCAGCAAUGUCGCGACUUCCCAGGAAGUGCGCGUGACCUGGGCCGACCGGCAAUGGGCAGACGACAUGUCCUGGGCAUGGACGUUGAGUCCUCCCCCUCACAGCGCAGAUCUGGUGGCUGUCGUUGGCUGGACUUCUGGCUCGAACUCUGCUCGUCAGAAGUGGAACGGCUUUGGCAAGAGCUGCACAAAGGACGGGAAGAAGCCCCGCUUCCGGGCUGACCUGAAGCGGGCUGUAGAACAGAACUACAACAAUCUCGUGGAGUACGAGGAGUUCGUCAACGCAAUGUUCAUGGAUCCGACCGCCGAGCCGAAGCCACCUCCCCGUUGCCACGUCUCCUCCGAGGCGAUCUACGUCCUAUUCCUUUUCUGGGAGCAAACAGCUGGGCGGCAGACGCGGCCAGGACCUGUCCCAAAGGCGAAGCUGGCGGAAGCAGUCCAGAUGGGUAGUCGCCAGCUUCGAGCCCUGCAAGCCCGAAUCGCCAAACUCGGUGAGGAGCACCGGGAGGUGCAGUCGGUGGAGUCCAAAGUGGUAUCUCGCAUCGCGCACAAAGAGGUCCUUGCAAAGGUCCAGGACGCCCCCAACGAGGUGACGCAGGAGAUGUUUGCACGGAUGAUUUGGCCGAAGAUCAAAACCUUCGAUAUGAAAUACGUCCUCGGGUCCUUCCGGCGCUACUUUGCUCAGGAAGGCUUGAGCCGUAUCCUCGCAGCUGUGCUUGCAUCGAAGAAGAGCGGCCAAGCUGCUAAAGUUGACAUGAAUGCUUCAGAUCUUAAGUUUCUUUUCGACAUCCUCGAUGAGGACGACGACGGCACCUUGUCGGUCCGAGAGAUGGUUCAGCUUGGUGCCCUCGAGGUAUCGGACGCACUCCUCUUGUCUGAACACCUGGACAAGGACGACGAGGACGGCGAGAUCAGCCUCGAAGAACUGAUGACACUGGUCACCGGCCAUGUGGGUGAUGAGUUCAUGGACUCCCUGAGAGGCCUCUUUGCAUCGAGUUCCAUGAGUCCAAAGGACCUGUGGGACAAAUGA